ACUGACAGACUAUACUUGAUCACACGAACUUCAUAUCUUGAACAUAGCCCUCUCUUUAAGCGAGACACUCAUUUAUGGUGUAUUUGGCAGGAACAUGCACACGCAUCGUUACUACACUCACCCGUCACCCUUUCGUGCGGACAGCACACCUUGGUGGUUGGCAGGCCGUUAGGAAGUAGCAUUGUAUUUCGCAUUAUGUCAAGGCGACAGAGUAGAAAUGACCUGAAGGAGCCAGUUCGACGUUCCGGCUCUCAUGGAAGAAUCGCCAAUUCUAUCAAAUCUGGUCUGGAUAAGUUGACUAGAGCGACUCCUCGUACAAGCAGAGAAUUUGGUGCUGCCUUGCGAGAAGCAGUGGUCUCGAACCAGCCCUAUCCCACUUCGUUGAAUGACACGUCUGGACAGCAUCCAGUUCUAGCACACGAUGCUACAGCCUUAGAUGUCAACGAGAAAGCAACCAUGCCGCCGACGGCCAUGAAAGGCUCUCAGGACACACGCAAAGCUGCAAAACAGAAUAGUCAAGAAGGUUGGAUGAAGGUCUCAAGAUUACUCCAAGACUAUGAUGACAGGCGAAUACGGAGGAUCAAGGAUGACAUUGAUACACUUCUAGUAUUCGCUGGUCUAUUCUCUGCCGUCCUGACCGCCUUUGUAAUAGAAUCCUACCAGCUCUUACAAGACGACUUUACGGAGACCACGGCUCGCAUACUUUUGCAAGUUUCCCUGCAAUUGAAUAGUCUUACCAUCAAUAAUGGUUUCAUCAACUCCACCGCUCCUGUGGCAGCGAUUACAACUUUCAUUCCUGAGUCCUCUUCCGUCCGGGUCAACAUUUUCUGGUUCUUAAGCCUUUUCCUUAGCCUAACAACAGCCUCACUUGGCAUCUUUGUCAAACAAUGGUGGCGAUCCUAUUCCGAACACAACGAUGAGGAUCCACAAUCAUACAUUCGCCUACGAUUCUUCCGUAGUCAAGGUAUGGAGAAAUGGCGUGUAGAACAAAUUGGUUCAAUCCUCCCCUCGAUCUUGCAGUUCGCAUUAAUUCUGUUCUUCGUCGGGCUCAUCGACUUCCUCAACACGCUUAAUCCUAUUGUUGGUUGGACCAUUGCGGGAUUCAUCCUAUGUUGGUUCUUUCUAGUUUUGCUCAUCACAGUCGCACCGGCGUUUUCAUCAAUUUGUCCUUACCGAAUCCUGCUCCUCAAAGGAACGUGGACAAAGGUCCGAUGGGGAGUGUAUACAGCUUACAAUUGCAUGUCGUAUGGAUUCACGAAGCUUACCUCCAGUUUAACCCGGAACCUCUCUCCCACCAACAAGAGCGAUACUCGCCACACAGCGCUACGCUUAUUCGUUUCUCCCCGCCGUUGGCUGAAGCAACAACUUGAGUGCCAAGUUGCUAAGCCUGUCAUGGAAUGGUACAUUUGUCGUGUUCCUCAUCACAACCCUCAGGAGGAGUCGGACAUUCAUAACGAUCAAACGCACGACCACGGGCUUUUGGCCGCGUGUGACAUGGUUGUCUCAAACGACGUUGUACUCAAAGCUGUCGGACAAUGUCUAGCCGACUUACCCCUUUCGAGUGCAUUGUCGUGUAUUAAGAACCUGAUAGUACAUCGAUCCAACUCUGCAGACCCGAAAGCCAUAGGAAGGCCCUUCGCUGAUGCCGCUCUAUAUUCAUCUGAUCCUCUCUUCAAAGAUUUCGAGAAUCCAACUUGUUGUGAGCAACCGCUCCGCGUGUGGAGGCUGCCUGGGGAAGUCAGUAACAUUGCACCCUCUUAUUUCGUCAGUAUGGUGCAUCUGAUGCACGAAGAAGUCGAGACAGCGUGGACUAUGACAUCGACAAAUCCUGCUAUGGAAGAGCCAAUUCGAUGGCGUGACGGGAUGGAUCAGGGUUUGACGUUCCUGCUGUCCAAUGUCACGACCGGUUCAGAGCAAGCCAUCGGCAUCCUAGUAGGCCGUCUAUUUGCUCUUGGGACGACUGCUGCGGAGAGAACACUGGAGGUUCUUGUCCGGACAGUACGUUGGGACGGACUGGGUGUCUAUCCUCAACUUCCCAAGCUCUCAUACACUGAUUCAAACUCUUUGAAGAAUAUGCUUAUGGCAGCUUGUGCCGUAGUUGAUUCAGCAGACACCGAUGUCAUCUUACCUCCUGACUUUGUCAUAGCCCAUCUGCACUCCGGUCGUCUGGUAGAACUCUACGCCAUUGUUCUCGUCUUCAUUUCUCAAAGCCCGGUGGCCCAUAUUCGCAAAUAUGACAAGUUCUUCGUGGAGUUACAGCAAAGAUUGGGAGAAACAAUGCAGCUGUACGGAGAAGUGGCAUUUGCUCGCCUUUGGGAUCGGAAGCGGUCGUGGUAUGCAAAGGCGAGGUAUAACGGCGCUAUUCCAACGUGCUACUUACACGAGACUUGAUUCAUUGAAGUGUGCUGAUAAAUCCAUUUCCUGCGUAUUGUCCAUCGAUUUCGUUCACACAGUCUUUCGAUGCCUGCGGCCAGACUCGAGCAAAGGGCGUUUGGCUGCGGUUCAUAACAUGGGUACCUGACAGUCACGCAGGAUAUCUUACCCUCUUCUCUCCUCCGUCUUUCAAACGUCAUGAUGAGGUCAAUCAUUAGUUCUCUCAUCGAGGCCAUCCUCAUCAAGUGUAGCAGGUCUUCGAAUAUGUUCUCUACAGAGAGAUUGGUAUUACGUCCGUACAAGGAAUCUGACUUUCACAACAUGGUCGCAUCUUUCACGGAGUAUCGUACCCAGUUGUUGAGCAACGUCGACUUCAUAAGUCCAAAACCUCUCAAUUCAAAGACGGGGUCCAAAGGGUUGUGGAAAAUGCACCUUUUCAUGCUGUAUGAGUCCAAGCCUACAGGAGAGUACAUUGGAUUCCUAUCCGUCUCAGUUUCUGGGAAGAAAGAUAGGAUACUAUGGUGUGGUGUGGGCCUGUAUUCUCUGUAUGACUCCAAAAUGAUCAAAUGUCCGCAUGGACCUGAAGUC